AUGCCUACCGGUUGGCUUGAAGAAGAUUUCAACUCUAGUCCCCCAUAUAGUCCCCAGUACAGUCCCUCCCAAAUGGAACCAGAGUUACAGUCGAAAGAAGAUGGAGUUGCAGAUCAAUUUGGCUCGAAGCCAAUGCCAAUCUCCAGCAAUUGGCCCGUUGGUAUGCCAUUAUCGCCCACUUCUCAAUAUACUUCGGAGAGUACUCGUACAGCCGUGGUAGCCGCGGUAAACGCACACGAAGGGAAGUCAAGGGCGGCCCUAACACGAGUAUACUCAUCGACGUCUGUUCUAGAUGCUCGAGAAUGCGACACCGACUCGGGACUUCCACAAGCAUCGAGUUUACCUAGAGUGGUUAGCUUAGGCAUUACCUGCAGGGUAGAGUCUGACCUUGAUUCGCUUUUCGGAGACAGUGACGGUGGAAGUGGACUCAUAGAGGACUCGAAAGCUUCCGAGUUAUCCGAAACCCAUUCUUAUGAGCCCGACAUAGCAUUGUUUGCAAAUCCAACAUAUGGCGGGAUUAAGUCUGCAGGUAGAAGAACCUAUCCGUUAGCGAUCGAGGAGCUUGCAAGACUCAAAUUCGAGCAGGAUUUCAAGCGACCUGCGUCACAGGUUUAUGCAAGUUUUCCAUCAGAAGAGCGCAACCUCGUCACGCAGGUAGGUGUUCAAGAUUCUGAACUAGUUUCUCAACUCAGGGGCGAUUCCUGCUUUGGCACUCAAAACCCCUUCACCAAACAAACAGACUUGACCCAGAACCUAGACGAGGCCCAUGGUGGUCGAAAUCAGAAAGCUGAUCUUUACGAACCUGAAAUCCCCGUCACAACAUGCUCCAUUGCAAAGCACAGCGAUGCAAGUUGUCAGGGAAAUCUAGAGUGUACUUGUCGUCCCACGGAAUGCCAUUCUGCUGGCUGCGAUCAUAGCGCCGAAAUCGACGCAAUGAUGCACUUAUUCUGGCAAGAAGUGAUUCAAGCCCCUGGAUGCGGCGGUGGCGGUGACAGAAGCAGGUGUGCCUGUCUUCCUGGGCUCUGUCACUGUGAGGACUGCGACGAGCACGCCCACAACGAAAACCCUGUUGAUCGCCAAACAGCAGAUACGCACAGCAGCCGCAAUCUUUGGCCUGACCCACCGCCCUCACCAUUAAAGUGGCGAGACGUUUUCCCAGGUGGACGAAAGAUUCUGGAUGACACAGGGAAUUGGAUCAUCGAAUCAAGCUCGCCCCCUAUUCCGUGGAAAACUGUGCAGCGAUUUGAUGCAGAACUACCACGAUCCCUACAGAAUAUAUCAAGACAAGAACGAGAUGUAGCCAUUCGUGGUUUUUGCGCAAGUUCCCAGCUCAAAGAGUCACAUCAACGCCAUGGAUUUACUCUUUCAAAAAUGCCUGGGUCAGAUAUUGGCAACGUUCAGGCGAGAUCGAGUGAAAUGUCCCCGUGCUCUUGUUCCACAGGCGCCAUUUUUACCUGUACGCCAGACACUUGCAAAUGUGAUAAAGGCAUCAGUCAGACAAAAUCUUCCGAGAUAGAUAUUCAAGCUGCACAGAUUGCGAACUAUGGAUUAUGUGCAUGUGCAUGUGGGGGAGGCUGUCAAUGCGGGCCAUCAAGCCACCACCCAUCAACUGGCUCAAUCCGAGGACCUGAGCCAAUGACAAAGUUCACAGAACCUUCUCAUGCUCCGAGAAGGUAUAUCUCGGUAUCAGACCUUAUAGGAGUAGUAGAGGACAAAACAUCGGCCCUGACAGCACAUCUAUUCCAUGGUUAUCCGACACAAAUACCACCCAGUCGUCCUGACACCCCACGCCCACACCCAAACAGUUGCCCAUCAACACCGUAUGCAUCUGAAGUUAGACCCAAUCUUUUUGAGCCUAGGCUUGAGGUCGAUCCCAUUCGUCAGAGUGUUGAGCCCGAAGUGCCAUUCGCAAACUGGCAACGUGAAUCAACCCCGGCGUACGAGGAUCGAUCACUUACACCAUCUCCAGUAUCCAGACGAGGAGACAUAACCAUGUUUGACAGUCCAUACAAUCGAGGUUCGGUACCACCCUUGCCGCACGUCGACUUGUCCGCCAGCGGAACAAGUCGAUCCAUCUCACCCCCAAGGCCACCCCUUCCACCAAUACCUUCCACUUUACCUUCAUUGAAAGUGGCUAAGCGAGACGAGAGGCAUAAAUCUGGAGUUCAAGGAUCAAAAGUUGACAAGCGAUCGGUAACAGGCUUACCCACGAAAGGUCACAAUCGCUCGAAGAGUAGGAAUAUCACCAAAAAGACCAAUAAUACUCGUCAGCCACCGUCAACGGUCGGAGGACUGGUCGAGCAGAGAGACGGUCUCGGGGGUGCGCAGACCCCAGCCGUGGAUAGAGGGAGGGUAGCUGCCGCAGUGGCGAGCAUUGAGGCUCAAGUACACCGCCAACAGCAAGACAAGGAUACGAAACAGAAAGAUGGAACGCCGGUACGACGGAGUCAGCGUAGGAACAAGGGCGUCAGAAAUUCUCUGGGCUCAGAACUGUAG